AUUCUGCUACAUAUUAAUUGGAUAUCUAUUUCAUUAUUUUCUCCAAAUAAAAUUAAGUACCCCUCCAAUUUCUACCAACUUCAACCACUAAAGCCAUCUUCAACCCCGUCAUCACAAUGAAGCUACCGUACGUAGUAUCCUCCAACACUCGGGAGGUGUACGCCACCUCAUCCCUAAUGAAGGAAUCCCUCGGGGAAGCCUCUCGGAGGGUCAUCGCUGAAGACUUCGAGUGGGAGGAGGCCGUCACCCCCCCGCCCCUCUCGUACCUCGCCGUCGUCGCCCUCUCACAGAUGUUCGAGAGGCUCAACCCCCUUGAUAGCAUCCUGCAGAAAGAUCGGGAUCUUCUGAUGGAUUUGUACCCGGAUAGUAUUCCGUUGAAGUUCAGUGUGCCUUUGAUUGAGGACGAACAUUACUGGAAACGAUGCCUGAAUUCCAAGUUCCCGACACAAAAGGAACUAGGGAUCACAUUUUACAAGGGACGGUAUCUAUCUAUGUGUCUCCAAGAACACUUAGAAAAUGCCAAUCCUGAUGUUUUUGUAGAAGAUGACGCUCUGGAAUUGAUUACAUUAGUAAGUCCACAUAUUUACGAGCUGAAGCUGAGGCAGCUGCGCAUGGUUCGCCAGCCGCGGCCGCCGCCGCUUACUGACGAGGUCGUCGACCGCUGCCCCUGGAGCGUCCCCGCCGUCCACCACCACAUCCCGCUAGAGCUGGUCCUCAACCAACUACACAACCUCAAGGAACUGACACUCGUCUUCGGAGUCAACAACCUCGAAGAGAACUACGAGCCCAGACUCUUCGAGCUCUCCAUCGCAGAUUGCGAGUCGCUCUGCAUCGGAUUAGAAAACCUACAACACUUCAGAGCACUCCGAAUCAAUCGGAGCAACCUGGAUUGUUCCAAAGUGAAGGUUAUUCUGCAGCGGCUAGUAAAAAAAGAGAGUAUAGAGGAGCUAGAUUUCAAUCAUUGCAAGAUUGGCGACCACGGGAUGAAAGCGUUGGGGGGGUUUAUUUCUCUACACAACAAUAUAAAAGUGGUCCGUAUCGCCAACAAUCGGUUCGGGGCGGUCGGGGCGCGGGGCCUGGCGUACGCUCUGCAAAUGAAACCAGCCGCUCCAAUUGAACUCAUCGACUUGAGCCUGAACCAGCUGUGUCUGGAGAGUGCCUGCGCGCUGGCCGCCGCGCUGGUGCGGUGCCGCGAGAAACCGCAGGCCCUACUGCUCAACGCUUGCGGGUUGGAAGGCGCUUCGGCGGAAAAAAUAGUGGGUCUCCUGGGCCUUAACCGGGGGCUGACGCGGCUGGACCUGGCUGCCAACGACCUGUCCGGGGCGGAGGAGACCCUGCUCGACGCGCUCGACCAGAACCGACGCCUGCUGAAGAUGGACCUGCGGAGCACCGGGGUGUCAGAAGAAACAGAGCAGAAAGUGAGCGAGCUACUGGAUCGCAACCGGCGGCUGAUCGGUCAGGAGACGGAGCCGAGUGAGGAGAUACCGCCUCUGUACCUCAACCAGCCGGAGUACCUGGUGUGGGAGUACCACCCCGACAACCCGGACCACAUCCCGGGCAGGUACCCGCCCAGGGUGCCCGAGGUCUGAUGCCCGGGAUAAAACUGUCGUAUUGUUAUUCUGGCAAGUUAUCGUUUUUCAUAAAUAAUAUAUUGUUAUUCUGGCAA